CCAAGAUCUCACUCAGAAGUCAGAACGUCUUGUUUUUUACUUCCGAGGUUCUGUGUAUAAGACACCAAGCUGACCCCGCCCGAUCGUCACAGUCAAAAGGUUCUCCAAUAGUGCUGUCUCACAAAGUCCCGGGGAAAAAGUCAACAACACCCCUCACUUAGAACAACCAAAAAAAGAGUACGAAAAAGGGAGCGAAAAAAGCAAAUAUCAAAGAAACAAAACACCAAACAUGGCCAUCUCGAGACUGGUAUCGUGGUUCCCCCACGUCAAGGCGCCCGUCAUCAUCAACGCGCCGAUGCUUGGGUCCGCCGGCGCCGCCAUGGCAACUGAAGUCCACAAAGCCGGUGGUUUCGGUUUCAUCGCCGCGGGCUUCGACUUCUCAGAGUCCUCGGCCCAGAUGACGGACCUAGACAAGGCCCUGACCCAAGCCCGCACCCUCCUCUCGCUCCCGGCCGCGGACGGCAACAGCAGCGGCAGCGGUAGCGGCGCAGGAGGACUCCCGCUCGGCGUGGGCUUCAUCACGUCCCACGAGACAGCCGGCCACUUCACGGCCAACGUCCUGCCCAUCCUCGUCCGCCACGGCGUCGCGGCAGCCUGGCUCUUUGCCCCGCACCCAGAGACCAAACCCCACGGCGAAAUCAUCGCCGCCCUCCGCGGCAAGGGAACGAAAGUUUUCGUGCAGGUGGGCAACGUCGCCGCGGCGCGGGAGGCGGCCGCCGACGGCGCGGACGUCAUUGUCGCUCAGGGCGUCGACGCCGGCGGGCACCAGUUUUCGCGGGGCUGCGGCGUGGUGGCGCUGGUGCCCGAGGUGAAGGCCAUGCUGGCGGCCGAGUUCCCCGACCGGGACGUCGCCGUCGUCGCGGCGGGCGGGAUCGUGGAGGGCAGCGGGGUGGCUGCGGCGCUGGCGUUGGGCGCUGAGGGGGUUGUGUUGGGCACGCGGUUCGUUGCGACGGACGAGGCGAUGAGCGCGCAGUUGCACAAGGAGGUUAUUGUGAGGACCAAGGACGGCGGGGUGAGUACGUGGAAGUCGGAGUUCCAUGAUCGGUUGGUGGAUAAUAAGUUGUGGAAGGAAGGGUAUGAUGGCAGGGCGAUUGUGGGGGAUAUUCAUCGGGAGUAUCACGCCCUCGGCGGCCAGACGGCGACGGUGGAGGAGAGCCGGGAGAGGUUGCGGACGGGGUGGAGCGAGGAGGAAGGGAAGAAGAUGAUUGGGAAGUGGGCUGGUGCUGGGCUUGGGCUUAUUGAUGAGAUUAAGCCGGCUGGAGUGGUCGUCACUGAGGUGAGGGAGGCUGCGAGGAAGCGGAUUCAAGAGUUGGUUGGGUCGAUUUGAACGGAACAAAAGGCCAAGUUGGGAGUCUCGGGCAAUGUGUGAUUGUAUCACCAACAUCAUCAAGUUCGGUGCCCCAUAGAGACUGCA